CGGCGGAGUCUCGCUUUCCUUUUUCCGCCAUCUUGAAGCCUGUAGAGCCUGCUGGGAACAGGACUUCUACAACGACAAGUAUGUCUGGAAGGCUGUGGUCCAAGGCCAUUUUUGCUGGCUAUAAACGGGGUCUCCGGAACCAGAGGGAACACACAGCUCUUCUUAAAAUUGAAGGUGUUUAUGCUCGAGAUGAAACUGAAUUCUAUCUGGGCAAGAGAUGUGCCUAUGUGUACAAAGCAAAGAACAACACAGUGACUCCUGGUGGUAAACCAAACAAAACCAGAGUCAUCUGGGGAAAGGUAACUCGUGCUCAUGGCAACAGUGGCAUGGUCCGUGCUAAAUUCCGAAGCAAUCUUCCUGCUAAGGCCAUUGGACACAGAAUCCGUGUAAUGCUGUACCCCUCAAGGAUUUAAACUUAACUGAAAAGCAAAUAACAGCCCUGACUGGUGUGGCUCAGUUGGGUUAGGGCACAUGGUUGGGUGGCAGGUUGAUUUAGUUCCUGGUCAAGAAGCAAACGGGAGUCAGAUGGUGAAUGUUUCCCUAACAUGUCAAUGGUUCUCAUCCUCUUUCCCCCUCCCUUCCCUCUCUAAAAUAAUAAAUAAAAUCUAUUUUAAAGAGUAAAUAAAA